UGCUUGGUAUUUUGCUGCAUUGGAACCAUAGGGCAGGGCAGCAGUUUUCAUUUGCAUAUUCAAGAGUUCAUCGGCUCGCCAAUAAUCUCAGACUUGUUUCUUUCUUUUUACUUUUGAAGGUUUUCCCCCACCACUUGGAUUGGCACGAUAGGACAGCAGCACUGCUGCGCAACAGCUGGGCAGAACUCGUAGUGGAUGGACUCGAGUCGACUGGUUCAAUUACUGCAGUUGUUGUAAUAAAAUACGCCACGAAAUUAGUUCCAUCAAACAUGUCGAGAUUGGUUGUGUCGAGAUUUUGCUUCCGUCAAAUUGUUUUCUGCUGUUUUUUGUGUGUCGUGUCGCUCCUAUUGUUCCUCAAUCAGCCCGGCAAUUUGAAUAACUACGUGUCGGCCGUGUUAGCAGAUCCGCCCAGGACGGAACUGAUGGAAAUCCAACAACUAGAGAGGCUGAAUUUGUUACAGGAGAAAUGCCGAAUCACGACAGCGACCAAUCAUCAACCGAAUAAGCGAAAAAUAGCGGCCAAUCCUGUCCGGUUCAAAAUUGAGGAUCGACAUCGGGUCAUGUACUGCGAUGUUCCCAAAGUGGCCAGCACGAAUCUGAAGGGACUCAUGUUGAUUCUAUCGGGACAGGUGGAGACGGACGAUUUGUCGUCCAUCCCGAGAUUGACCAUCCACGAACAAAAUCCAAUGCGAAUUUUGAACGCCAACAAUUUGAACGACACGAUGAAAAACGGACUGGGCAAUUUCACCAAAUUCAUUUUCGUUCGCCAUCCGUUCGAAAGGCUCGUCUCGGCCUACCGGGACAAAUUGGCCGGCAACGACGCCUUUUACAAAAAGACCAUCGGAAAACAAAUCAUCCGCAAAUAUCGUCAACAUCCCAGUCAGCUUUCACUGGAAAUGGGUAAUGACGUCACUUUUCCCGAAUUCGUCCGUUUCAUCGUCGACGAGUGGAGAAACGGACGGAAACCGCUGGACGUUCAUUGGCGGCCGGUCGUCGACCUUUGCCAUCCGUGUGACAUGCAAUUCCAUUUCAUCGGGAAAUUUGAAACGUUGAACCAAGACGUCAAUUUACUGCUGGACAAAUUGAACGAAACUGACCUGAGUCGAAUCUUUGCGGGACAGCCGAAUAAGCCGAAAACGACGUCGUCUCUGUGGAAGGAAUCGAUGAAAAUGAUCAGCCACCAACAGCUGAGUGAUUUGAAUCAAAUGUUUGCCGACGAUUUCCGGUUGUUCGGAUACCCGCAAUACACCGCAGAAAAAUGAUUCGCUUUGCUCAUUCAAAUUAUUUGUGUAAUUCGCAUCUAUUGAUUCUAAAUAUAAUACAGACUAUAUUAAAAUUCAA